AACAACUUCGAUCUACUCCACCUGCAAAAACUUUACUCAAUUGAAUCCUGAAAGCAUUUUAACGUUAAAGCACAAGAGCGGAUUGAAAGUGAUCAUCAGAACGUGCAUAUAUCGCCAAAAGAAGGGAGAGCAUGAUCAACUUGGACAAAACGUCUGUAGCUGUUGUGUAAAGCUACUUCUGAUAGCGUUUCGAUUAAUGGAAGGCUGUCGUAAUGUAAAGCCACAGAACGCAAAUCAAUCAACGUGUAACGUGUGCCUCAGGGAAUGUUUUCAGUUCAUUAAUACUGACUCUAUAUCCGCUAUUUGGAACAUCAAAAUUGAAACAUUGGUCCAACAGCUUAUCAACGCUCCUCAUAAAUCAUUGGAUUUCAAUAUGUGUUACAUCUGUGCCCAAAAUCUAGAUGCAAUUUAUGGGCUUAAACAGCAAAUACUGGAUACGGAAAGUGAUCUGACUUUUGAAUUGCUGCAUCCAUGGGAAAAGUUAGAAUGCGAAAGCAACGAUUCGGAAAACCUUGUUGUGGACAUGUCUAGCAUGUUGAUUCCGAUUUUUCCUGAUAGAAAAAGUUGGAGAUGUAGCGUUUGCAGCUUGUCCAUGGAAAGAGAAAUGCUCUCGGACAAAUGUCCCGGCUGUAUUUUGCCUUUCAAAAACAUCAACGAAAUUUCCAAAAGUACAAACAGCGAAUCUGGCAAUUGUGAAAUUGAGAUUGAGGUGAAUAAUCUUUUCCCAUUGCUUGAAAUCAUUGAAUCUCCUGAGAAAGAAUUAUUUGAAACAGAUUCAGUAGUAUAUUCACCGACCAAUUCAGAUGUAAUGGAAUAUGCACUAGCAACGGAUGAGGAUUUAAUCGAACAUGAUGGUGCAGUUUUUAUGACUGAAGAAAACAAUUUCACCUGCUCAAGCCAGGAAACCGGCAAAGUUACCGAAAACAUUAUGUUUGAAGGCACGAUGAGCUGUGAAAAAUCAUCUGAGGAAAAUAAUGAACACUUGUUCAUGGGAUCAUCUCAUCCAUCACAUGAAAACGAAAAUGAAUGUUCUGUCGGUCGUACUAUUGACAAAGUAGCUGCACUCCAAUGCUGCUUUGCAGGUUGCAAACCGCAAUAUCAGGUAAACGAGGAACUGAUUCGUCGCCAGGACAGGGAACAUCAGCAAUACUAUACCAAUGACACACUGCUAACGGAAUAUGAAUCAGCUGAGGCCUGUUCUGGUAAAGUUCAGAGUACCGUUGGAAGCAAAAAGCACAGUCUAGAAAUGGAAGGAGAACCAGAAGAUUCAUUGAUAGAUGAUUUGAGAUACACUCUCUGGCGCGGAUUAGUCUACCGCUGUUGUAUAAAAGCCUGUUUGAAGGAGUACAAGGGCAAAAGUCAACUCCUGCAACAUCUUAAAAGAAACCACGCUGAUACAUUUAACAGGGACGUUGAAAAUGAAACAAUUUGCAGUUACUGCGAUAAACCGUUUGAUAAAAAAGCUGAUAAACCGGAACAUCAUCGACACUUCAUCCGAAUAUUGAAAUGUCUGAGCAAGAAUUGCAUUUUUCGCACUAAAUCAUUCGAAAAGAUGGAAAAACACUGGAAGCUGGACUUGCACGAUGGAGGAAGAAUUUAUCCCUCCAUCACUUCAAUAGAUGAAUCGUUAUUCACGGUUACGGGUGCGUUAAACAACAAAAUUGACGUUUUGCGAUUAGAUGGAGUGCAAUGUUGCGGCUGUUUUCAAUUUUUCAGUACCCUUCAAAAUCUACAAACGCAUGUUGCCGAGAAGCACAGAAGAGAUAUAAUCGAGGAAUAUCAAUGCACCGUCUGCAGUAAAAUAUUUUUAAGCUCAUUUGUACUAGUUAAACAUUCAAAAACAACAAAGCAGAGAGUUUUCUACUUCUGUCAAGAUUGUUCACAGUUCCUGUGGACUUUAAAGGCUGCAGAAACCCACAGUUCUGCCGUCCAUGCUUCGGAUGAUUCGGAAGUUUUCGAUGAAGAUGAAUAUGAAAACAAUGGCGACAUAUUACAAAAAUUAUCUUCAGGUUGAAGAUGAUUCUUUUAUUUGCUGCGGUUGUUCCAAAACCUUCAAUACUCAGGGAACACUUGAUAAGCAUGUUCUCAUGGAGCACGUUGUUGCAAAGAAUACCCGUUGCGGUAGUAAGGUUUCUAUGGAGUGUGAUAUUUGCCAUAAACAGUUUUCUUCAGAUGUUCUUUUGUUGGCGCAUAAAAAACUUUCUUGACAUAACAAAUCUAUAAAUGCAAGGUGUAUGCGAAUCUUUUCUUUUUUUUUUUCAAAUUUUGAAAACCAUUAAUUUUUUUAGGUCGGGCAUUGCACAUUCCAGAUGAUAAAUCAUGCAGAGAUAGAACUUCACACGUCCAUUGAUGAAGAAAUUGGAACUCAUUGAGACAACUGGGGUUUCGAAAUCAAUAUAGAGCCCUCGACCGGUCUGUUUUAUAGUUGUUGUGCUCAAAAAGUUCAGACGUAUUUCAAAAUACACCUGACUAAGCAUGCCGAAAAUUAACAGAAAAACAAAUCAGUCAAAAAAGGAACUACCUACCUACCUAAUAAACCGUAUAGAACCACAGAAAUUGCGCCAGUUAGUACCCAUUUGAAGCAAAACUUUCGUCCAAAUCGUUUUUAAGUGUGUGCCUGAAAGGGAUUAGCAAAUCCAUGAACGUAAACCGUUUACUAGUUUCACUGUGAAAAAGGAUUCAAAAAGAUGUAGAAAAGUUAGUUUCAUUCGAAAUUUGUUGAAGUCGGAAUAGAUUUUCAAUUCCAUUUUUCUCAGGAAUUUUAAACCAAGUAAAUUUAUUCAUUCCGAAAUAGAUUUUAAGUUUCGAUUAAAACGCUCCCAAUUUUCUUAUGAGUUAAUUUUUUUUUUAUUUACAACUAAUUUAUUAAAGGCCUUUUACUUUAACAAAGUUUAAAUGUGCCGAGGGUCUUUGUAUCUUAUGAGUUAAACGGAACUAAAUCUAAGUUAAGUAACGGGUUAAACAUUUGAACCUUUUUGAAUGUGAAAUACAAAACUUUAUCAUGACAAUUAAAAAAACAGUGAUUCAUCAAUGGAAUUGUAUGUUGCAUCCGAAGAAUAUCCUAUUCAAAAUUCUCCUGUGUAAUGUUGUAACACAACUAUUCGUUCCAUCAUAGUGCAUAGCGGUCAG